CCACACGUCCGUAGACCUGCCACUGCUUCUCGCCUCCAUCUUCUUCCUCGCCUACCACGCCGUCACUUACCUUGAAGUUAUCAACUGUUGUCACAACCUCGAAAUCUGGCUGGAAGAGUACUUCCAUGGCACUGAGCCCGUGCUGGAGCGCCAGUACGUGGGCUUCUUCCCUAGCCGCAUCGACUUCUGGACUGCCAUCUUGGGCAUGCUUGGAUCUAUGCUCUACGUCUUCGCUCGUGCCUACGUGUGGACAAGAGCCGACUCGGAGAACUUCGGCGUCGUGGACGUCAAGCGCGACGACUUUAGCCUCAUCAUAGGCUAUUGGGUGCCCUUCUUCGCCGGGUCGUUCCUGCUGCUGCUCAGUGCCUACCUGGCACACGUUGAGGUCGUUCAUCAAUGGUUCUCGUGCCGCCUCACGACGCUCGAGACCUGGGUUACUGGUUUGAACAUGAUGGCGAUGGUCGGCUUCUUCCUGUCAUCGACCCUGCAGUUCAUGGAUCCGUUCACAGUGCUCUUCUCGUUCCAGGCCUGUGUGGUUCCCUUCGCAUCGGGCUGUCUACUUGGACUGGCCUCCAGUGUUCUCAGUCUUGUGGAGCUUGAAAACAUCCACAAACGCCACAAACACCCCGAGUACAGUCUCUACGAGUCGCCUGCGGGCUACGGGACUGCAAGCUACGGAUCUUUCAAGCAGCAAGUAUAAGUAUUAUGCAUGGCCAUCCUUGGCUCUAACAAACACAGAGUACAGACAGGGAGACAGGAUAAUAUAUGCUCUACGUCUACAUUGCGUCGCAA